AUGUCAAUUGGUUUGACGCAUAUUUUGCAGUUUCAUCACUUGGUUGAUGCAAUUCAGGCUUGUGGAGGUCAGAAGACUGCUGAUGGUAGACGCUAUCGGACAGGUGGUGGUAUACUAUGGUGCAUUCUCAAAGCACGUGAUCCAAAUGCCUACAGGGAAAUAAUGAAAAAAGGGAAGGAGUUUGAGAGCUCUGGUAGGUUGUUGGAGAGAUAUGGGUUAGAGCAGACGAUGGAAGGAAUUGGAGGAUAG